UAAUCUUGAUGAAAAAGGAAUCUGGUGGAAAAUGUUGAGAUCCUCGUUUCGGCUUCUCUAUAUAACAAGAACCAAUCUUCUGGUUCGAGCUUCACCAUCAUCGCUCUCUCGACUCUCAUCUAAGUUCAGCUCUGCGAAACCACUUGUCAGUUCUCAUCAUCAGAUUCCGUUAUCGACAACGGGAGCUAAACUUUCUAGGUCGGAACAUUCCAUGGCUGCUUCCUCCGAACCCAAAUCCAUCUAUGACUUCACCGUCAAGGAUGCGAAGGGAAACGAUGUUGAUCUAAGCACUUACAAGGGGAAGGUUCUGUUGAUUGUCAACGUUGCUUCUCAGUGUGGCUUGACCAAUUCGAACUAUACUGAGCUUGCACAGCUGUACCAGAAGUACAAAGACCAUGGGUUUGAGAUCCUUGCAUUCCCCUGUAACCAGUUUGGUAAUCAAGAACCUGGUUCUAAUGAAGAGAUUGUUCAGUUUGCUUGUACCCGUUUCAAGGCCGAGUACCCCAUCUUCGACAAGGUUGAUGUCAACGGUGACUCGGCUGCUCCAAUCUAUAAGUUCCUAAAAUCAAGCAAAGGUGGGGUUUUUGGAGACGGAAUCAAGUGGAACUUCGCCAAGUUCUUGGUUGACAAAGAUGGGAAUGUUGUGGACCGUUACGCCCCAACUACUUCCCCUCUCAGCAUUGAGGUAAUUGUCGAAUCCUUUUAGAGACCCAAACAUUUCUAUUAAUGGUUCAUUGUUGAAAUCCGCUAUUUGCAGAAGGACCUGAAGAAACUGUUGGGAGUUACUGCUUAAGCAACUAAUAGGCGCAAGUAUUCAAAUAAAAGCUCCUAUGGUAUUGUAAUAAGCUGUGUCUAUGUUCUUGAGUGUCUUUGGGAUGAGUCGUCUCCUACUACUUAAAAUCCUCCUUUUUAGUUACUGAUGUGUGUAACAUCGUUGACAUAAAACACAUAUUUACCGC